AUGGCAGACAAGACGAUGGCCGUCCGUGGUCGAAGUGGCGCGGGGAAGAAGACGGUGGUGGGCAGCUUGCUGUACAAGGGGUUAGAAUCCAGGACUGACGGCCAAUAUCGUGACGUCCCGGGGUACUUUGAUCAGAAUGGCAUUGUUAAGUCGUUUUAUGCUCCAUCGGCCAAGAUUGUCGUUGAUGGUGAGGACUACCUACAUAGCACCUCGGCGCCAGAUAUUGUCCUCUGGGUCGUAGAUGUCUCCAGCCCCGAUCGAGGCGCAGCGUCAAGCGCCGACCUGGCCUCCAUCAUCUGCAGCGGGGCGCUGAAGCCAAAGGAUAAGUUGCUGAUCUUGCUUAACAAGAUGGAUCUAGUGGACUGGUCUGAAGAAUCGUUUGUGGAGGUGGCGAUGUCGUUCAAAGACAUCCAGCCCGAUUCGACGAUAACCGAUAUCGUUCCUGCCUCAACCUUAACUGGCGACAAUAUCCUGGAGCCACCCCAAGUCCGUUGGUUGGAACUGUGCGGAGUCACCGGCGCACUGAGCGUCCAGAAGCAGCUAGCACCCCUCCACACCCAGAAACGCGGAUCUGGCGGCCUAGCCCGAGCCGCCGAAGCCGCUCCCGCCAGGGGGUGGGGGACGGGGGUUGCAGGUCUCUGUUCAUUGAUUAGCCAAUCAACCAAUCGACCGGCAUGUGCCGAGUGGUUGCACAAUGGACUCGGACCCGAACAUUUACUUUCGUGGCACAAGCCAAUGACAAUACAAGGCCCCGCGCCAUCUCACCAUGCUCGUGCGGAUAUUCCGCUCAACUUAUUGAUUGUUCAGAUCCCAUCCCAGCACACUGCCGCCUCAGCCCGGGCCGUCAGCGAUACCCUCGCAGCCAUGAAAAAGCUACUGGGGAAACUCACGAAGGGGCGGUCACGGCCAGCCUCCGCGGGUGCUUCCAGGGCCAGCCUCCCCGACUCGGGUAUACCCUUGGAACGUCUUGGCCUCAUCAAACUUGCCGACACCACGCCCGGGCCAGAUGGUGGUGAGCAGUACCCGGUUGAUAUUGUCGCAGUGCAUGGGCUCAAUGGCGAUUCCUACACCACAUGGACACAUCAGAAUGGCCUAGGAGGUAUUGUUUGUAAACAGGCUCUGGUGAUCGCUCAUGAGGACAAUUCGGACCCCACUAACCAAAGACUACUGCAAUCCAUGGCCGGUAUUGUCUUCUUCGGGACACCUCAUCGGGGCAGUGACACUGCAAAGCUGGGGAACCUGGUCGGGACGAUGAUCAACACAUUCUUAAAAGCCGCUUCUGCCGGUUUGCAGACCAAAACAAUCCGAACGGACCUUUUGCGCCAUCUGGAAUCCGAUUCGAAAGCCCUCCAAGAGCUCGCUGAUUCGGUUCGUGAUCGGCUGGGCAGUCUUCAGAUUGUCUCAUUCUACGAGACUGAACCGGAAUCUUCGUGGCCCUCAUGCGAGAAAUACGGCGCGUGGCGCAAGCUGCACCGCGUCUACCCAAUCGGGCAAGCACACAUUCUUCCCAAACAAAUGAGGAUUCCUACGCCGGCCAAGGGCACCUGUCAGUGGAUACUGGGACACCCAUUAUUUGUCUCAUGGCUCGAAAAGGCAGAAAAUGCCCUCUUGUGGCUGACGGGACAUCCAGGCUGCGGCAAAACAAUACUGUCAUUCUUCCUGGCCAAGCAGUUGGAAACACCCCGGGAAUCUCGAACCCCCCCUGGCAACGUCUGCAUUUACUUCUGCGAUGAUAAGAUCAGCAAGCAAAAGGUUGCGAACAACAUCCUUAUCGGCCUCAUUUUUCAGCUCGUCCGCCGACACAGAUCUCUCGCCAGACACGUACGCAAGGUAUACCAGAUGCAUGGGCAGAACAUUGUUCGGUCAUUCACAGCGCUCUGGGGACUCUUCAGGGACAUCGCCACGGAUCCGAGAUCUGGACCCACCAUCAUAAUCAUCGAUGCCCUCGAUGAAUGUGAAGAAGAUACACGCCGUUCGUUGCUAAAGGCAAUCAAAGGUUUUAUCCAAGACUUGGAACGUCCCAACGCCGGGGGGCAGCACGUCAAGUUUGUCUUGACCAGCCGGCCGCUCGAGGAUGUGGAACGCAUGAUUGAUCGCGUAUCGGAUCUCCGAAUACGUAUUGACGACUACCGAGGCGGUCCUGAUGGCGAUAUUCAGAUCUACAUACGGCAAAGACUGGAUGAGAUCUCCGAGCAGCUCCAGUUUGACCCGAAGUUGAGACAGUCCCUUCAGGAGUUGCUCUACUCCAAGUCAGGCCAGACCUUUCUUUGGGUGCACAUGGUACUUACGGCUUUGGAGACCGUGCCUCGGAUGUCGACAAAUUAUUUGAAGGUCUUCGUCCAGCAGAUCCCCUCCGACCUGGAGAUGACUUAUGUGCUCCUGGUUUCUCGCAUCCACGAAACCCAUCUAGAAGCGGCCUCCAAGCUUCUGAAGCUGAUACUGGGAAGCUCGAGGCCACUGCAUCUGGAUGAGAUCAACAUCGCUUUCAGCAUUGCCACCAACCACCGCACUGCCAAGGAUGUCAAAGAAGAUUGCCAAACUGGCAUGCACCGCACUCUGAAUACCAUCCUGGGUCAACUGGUGAGGAUAUCCGACUCACAGGUUUCCCUGGUUCACCAAUCAGCCAAGGAGUUCAUCCUGCAAGAGACUGGGCGCAAUCAAAAGUUACCUGGGCCUAUCCGUACCAUCCGGAAGGAAGAUUGCGCGCUAGAAAUGGCCACAGCUUGCAUCGGCUAUCUCUUGCUCGACGACUUCGCCGAGGACUCUUUCAGCCUCGUGGAAUCACCCACCAAAUCCCCUUCCGACACUUCAAACACAGGUUGGGAAGAUGAAGAUGAGGAAGGAUAUGCCCACGAUAUGUUCAAAGAGCCCAGCAUUCUGGACGAAGACACUUGUCGACUCCUGGCCUCUGAACACCCCUUCUACGAAUAUGCGGCCCUCCAUUGGACCGAACACUUUGUGCUCUGCGAAGCAUCUGCCCCUCAAAGCCUCAGAGACGCCGCUAAGAAGCUCCUCGACACCAGCACCACCCACUGUACCAACUGGCUGCGGUUCCAUUCAACCGAGGCAAUCGCCGGGGACCAGAGCACCCCGCAGAGCGCCGAGCCAGUAACUUUAGCCGCGCUCUUCAAUUUCCACGAAACCCUCCGCGACUAUCUCGGCGGCGAUGUGCCCCCUCAACAGGCGCACUUGGAUACCGCCCUGUUCUGGGGAGCCGAGCAGGGCCACGACCGGAUCGUCGAUACCCUUCUGCGCGCGGGCGCAGACCCCAACGCCCGGGUAUCCGGCAAGCAGACGGCGCUGAUUGUCGCGGCGAAGAAUGGGCAUUCGGACUGCGUCAGGACACUGCUGGCGGACAAAUGCACGGAUCUGAACCUGGCGGGAGAGCGAGGGCGGACGGCCUUGUCGUUUGCCUGCCACGGUGGACACGACGAGGUGGUGAAGACGCUGCUGAGUCGGGAGGACUGCGCGGUUGACGACGCGGAUGAGUCGGGCAGCACGGCGCUGAUUUGGGCGGCAGGAAGUGGCCGCCCUGAGACGGUAGCCUUGUUGCUGGCGCAGCAUCCCAGGGUUGAUGUUAAUCACCGCGACAAAGCGGGUCGGACGGCGGUGUCGUGGGCGGCGGGGGACGGGAUGGAGGAAGUGCUGAAAACGCUGCUCCGACUGAAGUGGAUAGACCCCAACCUGAAGGACAACGAGGGCCGGUCACCUCUUUCGUGGGCAGCGGGUCAUGGCUGUGUGGCGGCCCUUCGAGUCCUUCUACGAAACAACAGGGUGGACAAAGCUAGCGUCGACAACAAGCUGAAAAGCCCCAUCACCUGGGCAUGUGAGCGUGCACAAGCGGAUUCGCUGCGGAUGCUCCUCAGCCAUGGAUGUCCUGGGGUUGACGAGGGAGAUGAAUCUGGGUGGACGCCGCUGGCGUGGGCGAUUCAUAAUGCGUCGCCGGCCACGGUGGAGCUUCUUGUGUCGAACCCAGCAGUGGAUAUUGAGCGGCGGGAUAUGGGCGGGCGGACGCCGUUGUCGUGGGCGGUGAGUUAUGGCCAUCUUAAGGCGGUGAAAGUAUUGUUGCGAGCUGGGGCCGACCCCAGAACCGAAAGCGAUACGGGGUUGACGCCAAUAUCCGCGGCGGAGACUUUGGGGCGGGCUGAUAUCAUCGAGGAGCUGCGUUAUUACAUCAGUGAAGAACCGUCUGUAUCUAUCUCGUUUACCUCCAAGGGAUCGUGA